AUGAAUGCACUCACAGCUAUUGGUCAAAUUUGCGAAGUUGUGCCACCUUCUUCACUUAGCUCUCGUUCCAACGAAAUCCUUACUGCCGUUGUGCAAGGUGCCCGGCGGGAAGAGCCAAGCCCCGAGGUUCAAGGUGCCGCUAUUACAGCUCUUUUGAACUCUUUGGAGUUUAUCAGGGAUAACUUUGAGCGCGAGGGAGAGCGUAACUACCUGAUGCAAGUAGUUUGCGAGGCCACUCAGAGCGAAAACCACCCUGUCCAAGUGGGAGCGUUUGAAUGCUUGGUGAAGAUUAUGAGUCUGUACUAUGACAAGAUGGGCUUUUAUAUGGAACGAGCCCUGUUCGGGGUGACUUACGUAGUGGGUAUGAAAAACCCAGACGAAAAGGUUGCACUUCAAGCAGUUGAAUUUUGGUCGACUGUCGCCGAAGAGGAAAUUGAGCUCAAGAUGGAAGAAGCAGAGGCACUUGAAUAUGGUGAUCUGCCCGAACGGGAGAACAAAAAGUUCGCAACGACUGCACUUAAUGACAUUGUCCCAGUUUUACUCCAGCUCCUUACCCAGCAAGAGGAAGACGCGGACGAGGAUGAAUGGAAUAUUUCUAUGGCUGCUGGAACUUGUCUUGCGCUCCUGGCUCAGGCGGUUGACGACGCGAUCGUUCCGGUGGUCCUUCCGUUCAUUGAGACGAACAUCAAACAUGACGACUGGCAUCUACGUGAGGCUGCUGUGAUGGUAUUCGGCUCUAUCCUUGAGGGGCCCGAUCCAAACGUUCUUGCGGGGCUCGUCAGUCAGGCGCUCCCGGUCCUUAUUGCCAUGAUGGCCGAUUCAAACGCUGCUGUGAAGGAUACUACUGCAUGGACCCUUGGACGAAUUUGUGAGCUCCUUGUCGGCUUUCUCCUGAACCCGGCCCGACGGACACCUGCAGCAACUUCAACUCUGUCGCCGUUCUAUCAAGGUAUUGUUGACAAGUUGUUGGUGGUGACCGAAAAACCCACCAACGAAUCCAACUUCCGUACUGCGGCUUAUGAAGCUUUGAACGCCUACAUCGCGAACGCCAGUGCUGACACCUUUAAUGCGGUCUCCCAAAUUACGCUUACAGUGCUUCAGCGCAUGGAAACCCUCUUGAAUAUUCAGAACGAGCUGCUUAAUAUCGACGAUCGAUCUAAUUGGGCCGAGCUACAGAGCAAUUUCUGUAGCGUCAUCAUUAGCGUGAUUCGCAAGAUGGGCGCCCAGGUCAAACCGCUAGCUGAUAGGAUCAUGACCCUCACAUUGCGACUUGUCCAGGCUGCAGGGAAGCAGUCGACCAUCCUGGAAGACGGAUUCUUGGUUGUCGGGACUAUGUCAUCUGCCCUCGGACAGGACAUCCAGCCUUAUUUGGAGGCAUUCCUACCUAUUAUUGUUGCAGCGCUGAAGAACCACGAGGACGCAGCACUUUGCACUGUUUGUAUCGGUACCAUCGGUGAUAUUGCCCGCGCUUUGCAAGAAAAGACUGUUCAAUAUGCCGCUGCAUUCAUCAGUCUAUUACUCGAAAGCUUGCAGAGUCAGGUUAUGGGCCGAAAUGUUAAGAUUCAAGUCCUUGCUUGCUUUGGUGAUGUUGCGCUUUCGAUUGGCCCCGAGUUCGCCCCUUACCUGGAGACCGCAAUGACCGUCUUGAAGCAGGCGGGCGAGAUCCAACCCAACCCGAUGGACUACGAGAUGGUUGACUACGUUGCUCAACUACGUGAGGGUAUACUCGACGCAUAUGUUGGCAUUGUGGCUGGCUUCAAGUCUGCUGAUAAGUCCUAA